AUGCAAAUGAAAGAUCAAAUUGGAACUUAUUCCUACUUUCCUUCAACCAAGAUGCAUGUUGGUGGUUUUGGAGCAAUUAAUAUCCGAGCAAGAGCUGUGAUUUUUGUCCCAUAUCUCAAACCAGUUGAGGAGUUCACUUUACUCAUCAGUGACUGGUGGAAAUCAGAUCAGAGGACACUACAACAAACACUCGACUCUGGGAACACUCUUCCCAUGGCUGAUGCUCUACUAAUCAAUGGUCAUGUUCAAUCAACCUCUUUCACUACUCAAAAUGGUCAAAGGUACAUGUUUAGAGUAUCAAAUGUGGCCUUAACCACUUCAAUUAACUUCAGAAUCCAAAACCAUACACUGACACUAGUCGAAACUGAAGGAUCACAUACUUUACAAGAAUCAUACGAAUCACUAGACAUUCAUGUUGGUCAAUCCUCUUCUUUCUUGGUCAACCUUAAUGCUCCUGUAGAAGACUACUUCAUUGUUGCUUCAACUCGUUUCACCAAACCAGUUCUUACAGCUAUAGCAACCCUCCACUAUGAUGGCUCCACCACCAAAGCUUCUUUACCACUACCAUGGGGUCCCACCUAUGAGAUUCAUUGGUCAAUGAAACAAGCAAAGGCGCUUAAUUCGUUGAAAUCGGUUCAACUUACCGACCAAUUUAUUGCUAUGGGAGAGGAAGUCAGAAUUACCGACUUCGAUGUCAGCGGUGGAGAUGACGACGACCGAGUUUCAGAGUGGGAGGUCGGAGUUGAUAGCGGCGGCGCUAGCGGUGGAGCUGGAGGGGAAGCUGACUCCGCUUUGCGAGCCGAUGAUUCUUCCAUAACUUUGUUGAAAAGGAUUCGUUUGGUUUGGACUUCUCAACUGCACAAGCGAUUUGUGGAGGUUGUUGGGAAUUUAGGAGUGAAGAACGUUGUUCCUAAAACGAUUAUGCAGAUGAUGAACGUUGAAGGAUUGACCAGAGAGAACGUCGCCAGUCAUUUACGGAAGUAUAGGCUUUAUGUAAAACGGAUGCACGGAUCAUCUAACGAAGGGCCAUCUUCUUCCGAUCCUUUGUUCGCUUCCGCUGUUGUUCCCAAGAGGUUUCACGAUUCAGAUUAG